AUGAAAGGCUCAGUGAAAUCAAUUAGUCUCAUUCCUAUUUCGUUUUGUUUUCUAUUCUUAUUUCGUGAUGAGUUUGUGGUUCCUGCUAGGCAUUCGUGCCAUCCCGAACAAAGGGAAGCAAUUCUGGAGUUGAAGAACGAUGGUAACGUUCCAUCUUCGCUUGGAAAUCUUUCUAAGCUAACCACUCUUGAUCUUUCAAAUAAUGAUUUCAAUGGUGAAAUCCCGUCUUCACUUGAAAACAUUUCUAACCUCACCAUUCUCAAUCUCUCCCGGAACAGACUUCUUGGCAAAAUCCCACCUUCACUUGGAAAACUCUCUAACCUCACCACUCUCCAUCUCUCCCAGAACAAACUUAUUGGUAAAAUCCCAUCCUCACUUGGAAACCUUUCACAUCUCACCCAUCUUACCCUUGGUGCUAACCGCUUGGUUGGUGAAAUUCUAUCCUCACUUGAAAACCUUUCUCAUCUCACCUUUCUUAGUAUAUGUGAAAACGAUUUAUCUGGUGAAAUUCCAUCAUCAUUCGGAAAUUUUUCACGUCUGACCUUUCUCGACAUCUCAGCAAACGGUUUCGUCGGUGAAAUCCCACCUUCUUUCGGCAGAUUGAAACAUCUCACCACCUUAUCUGCCGAAGACAACAACCUUAGUGGUAACUUUCCUGUUACACUACUAAAUCUAACAAAAUUGUUUGUUUUAUCACUCGAUGACAACCAGUUCACAGGCAUGCUUCCACCUAACAUAAGCUCACUCUCCAACCUGGAGUUCUUUUACAUACGUGGCAACGCUUUUAUUGGAACUCUUCCUUCUUCCCUCUUUACCAUCCCUUCUUUGACUUACGUUGAUUUGGUUGAUAACCAACUAAACGGUACUCUUGAUUUUGGGAAUGUAUCUUUAUUAUCAUCGAAGAUAAUAGAUUUACGCCUUGGCAACAACAACUUCAUGGGAUCAAUUCCUAGAUCCAUCUCCAAAUUAGUCAACCUUUUUGCACUUGACCUUUCUCAUCUCAACACCCAAGGCUCAGUAUUUGGCCUUAGCAUUCUCUGGAAUCUCAAGUCACUCACAGACCUCGACAUCUCGUACUUGAACACCACCACUGCGAUUGACUUGAACGCUCUCUUAUCACGUUUCAAGUGGCUAAAUAAUCUGAAUCUGACGGGAAACCAUGUUACGGUGGAAGACAGGAGCGCAGAUGCGGAAUCACCACUGAGUUUCCAGAGCUCCUACGAACCCAACACAACUUGCGGAGACUAG